AUGGCAAGACAAAACUUCGUGGGUCUAGUAGUAUCCCAAGGCCGAAUGAACAAAACCGUUAAAGUAAGAGUUCAAGGGAAAAUAUACGAUAGAAGAAUAGAUAAAGAAAUUAUACGAAGAAAAGAUUUUUUAUGUCAUGAUGAAGGUAAUAUAUGUAAAGAAGGAGAUAUAGUUAGAAUAGAAAGUAUCCCCAAGAUUUCAAAAAUGAAAGCUUUUGCUAUUGCAGAAAUUAAAAUAAAUAAAGGUCAACAAUUUGAACAAUAUGAACAUUUAGCUAAGGAAAGAAUACAACAAGAAGAUUUAAAAGAAGCUGAAAAUUUUAUAAAAAAUAAAGACAGUUUCUCCCAAAUAAUUACCAAAUUGGAAGAUUUAAAGAAAAUAGAUGAAUUAUCAUAUCAAAUAUCAAACCUAGAACCCAACGAAUCAACUCAUGAACAGGAACAACAAAUAAUUGAAACAAUAAAUAAUAUAAAAACAAAAUAUAAUAUAAAAUCAUAUCCAUCAACAGAACCAAUACUAGAUCUAGAAUUAAAAGCACCAAUAUAUAAAAACGAAAUUGAGAAAAGAAUUUACCAUAUGGAUCAUAUUUUAAAUGAAAUAAUGAAUAAUUCCAACUACUCGGAGUUUAAAAAUCAAAUCCUUACUACCAAAUUUAAAAAUAGAUCGUUAGACUCAAUUCAAAAAAGUGUUAUCAAAAAUGUCCUAAGAAGAUAUGUAAUUAAUGAACAGAAUGAAUUACCAUUUGCUUUGUAA